AUGGAAACGAAGGGAGAAAAGGGCGAGCAGCAAAAGGCGACGGACGCUCUCGCGCAGCAAAGCAACCCCGACUUGGGUUUGGACGACGACAACCGGGCGACGGCGACGCUGGAGGUGGACGCGGGGCGGGGGGAAGACAAGCGGGCGCUGUGGGAGCGGCGGCUGGCGAUAAGCGAAACCCUAAAAAAGGGUUUGCUGGAGCCGGGGGUUUACCGCGGGCAGGGCGCCCACCGGCUCUACGCCAAACCCUCGCGGGGGGCCCUCCUGGGGGCCCCCCGGGGGGCCCCCCAUGUCCGCUUGACCCUCUUUGUGGACUAUAAACCCGAACUUUGCAAAGACUUUAAAGAAACAGGGUUUUGUGGUUUUGGAGAUUGUUGCAAGUUUCUGCACGACCGGACGGACUACAAGGAGGGCUGGCAGGUCGAGCGCGAGUGGCAGCAGCAGCAGCAGAAAACCCUCGUCCGCCAAACCCUAAACCCUAAACCCUAG